AUGGAGCAGAUAGAAAGUGUAGAGGGAAAGUUAUUUUAUAAAAUAUACAUGUUAUGCAAAGGCUAGCAGAUAAAUGAGGAUUAGAAAGCGAAAUUGAAAGAUUUGGUGAUUUAGAGGGAUGAAAGGAUAGGAAUAGCUAUGACUCAAUAUCUAGAAGACAGAGACGAGUUUCGCUUACUGGAGAACUUCCAUAAUUACUCUUGUGAAGAGUAUUCUCCCAAAAGUUAUAAUAACUUAUCAGACGACGUUUCAAUAGGAAGUUCUAGUAAGUACAAAGGAAAAAGACCUCCUAAAAUGCAAUUACCUCUCAAGACUUUUAUGAUAAAUUUAAGGAAAAAUACUGAUGUUACUACUAGUUCUAAAGGAUUUUAUACUAGCACAGCUAGGUCUGGAGGCAAUAGGAACUAUGCUAAUUUUAAUGAGCGAUUCUAAUAAUCAAAUUGGAGUGAAUGCGAAUGA